ACCGUGUGUUCCCCCCCCCCCCCCAGCUGAUCCAUCUCGACAAAAGAUCAUGAGCAAAGACUCGCAGAUGAGGGCUGCAAUAAACCAAAAGCUGAUCGAGAUGGGGGAGCGGGAGCGGUUGAAAGAAUUGCUCAGGGCGAAGCUGGUGGAGUGUGGCUGGAAGGAUCAGCUGAAAGCACACUGCAAAGAUGUGAUCAAAGAAAAGGGUCUGGAGCAUGUCACAGUGGAGGAUCUGGUCACAGAAGUCACACCCAAAGGCAGAGCACUCGUACCCGACAGUGUGAAGAAAGAGCUCCUGCAGAGAAUCAGAGCUUUUCUAGCUCAACAUGCCACUUUGUGAAAGAGGCGACUCACCGUCUAUAGACUUUUUUUUACUCAUUGUAGAUCCGUAAAUUGAAAUCCUAAACUGAUGUUUGUUCUCAUUGUGAGCAAUGCUGAAGUGUUAUUCUUUUUUUUCUUUCGUAUUGUGUUUUCAUAUUGAUUUUAGUUUGUAAUGCUGCAGUUUUGGAAAAUAAAUAAAGUUGUGCCUAUUUUGGUCA